CACACAAUCUAGUCAGGAGGACUUUCAAAACCACUCUCUGAUUGUCUUAUCCCACUGGGUCACGAGGACGACCCAUUUCAUUUGUAAUUCACUUGCACUUAGUGUUUUAAUCCACUUGAUGGGUGUAGAGGUGAUGUGAAUGAAAUAUCUACUUUGUAGAGAGUGGAACCAAGAAGUUUUCUUUCCGCCUUGUCUAGCAGCCUCGCAAUCGCGCAACGGCGAAAAGCGGCGCUGGCGUCCUCCACAAGCAUCGACGAGCAACCUGUUAUUGUGCGGAAAAGGCUUUUGAUUCGCCUGACGUUGACACUGACAUCGCAACUUUGAUCGCGACUUUAUCACCCGCUUUCCGUGCGUCUCAGAUACCCGCCGUAAGUGUGUCUCCCACUUCUUCUGCAACUUCUUCACCUUGACGUUGGAAGCACCACUACGAAUUCUCCUUUCACCACAAGUACGCACCACAACUCCCGCAGCAGACUACGCAAACUACCCUGACUUACUUAUACGUAGGCACAAGAGCAAGACAUUUCCGAAAAAGGCACAAGAUGGCGUCCCUGAAAGCGAUUUCUAUGCGGAUGAAGUCCGUAUCCAAUAUCGGGAAGAUUACCAGUGCUAUGAAGAUGGUGUCAACCGCGAAAUUCAAGCACGAUGAAAGAAGAUGGCUGGCAGGAAAGCCUUUCGCAGAUCCGGUAUUUUGAUGAUAAGGGAGUGGUAGUACUACGCGAGAUUAGUAGUAAGUUUUGAGAGGUAGUGAGUUGGUGUUUUGGUGGAAAUUUGUUAAAGUUUUUACAGGUCUGCAAUUUCUUCGAGAAGCUUCCAGCUAUAGAGAGUGGGUCUCUACCAUCGACGAAAGUGGUAGUCUUGUCCAGUGACAAGGGAAUGUGUGGCGCAAUCAAUUUUAUGAGAGUGUGAAUUACAUGCCGCGCCACCAUCCUUGGCUCUUUUCCUAGUAGAAAAGGAGCCAGGGGUGAGCUGAGGAAUGUAAUUCCGGUACCUCUAAGAAUUCGGGAUUAGCCAAAACAGCGAGAAUAAAGACAUUAGAAGAGGAACAAGCGGGGGGUCAAGUAGAAAUCCUUUGUUGUGGAAGCAAGAGCCUGUCAGCAUUGAAGAGGCUUUUAGGGGAUAGGUAUUUGUUGAGUAGUUCUUUUUAGGUAGUCAGGCUGUUGUUCUUAUCAUGAUCAUGAUUUCCAAAGAAACUUCAGCUUUUACAGAGUCUUUGUCUUUUGUUUACAAGAACCAGGAACUUCAAUCGCACCCAAUCUCUAAAAAGACAAGAAAUCCAACUGAACCACCAGUUUGUGACUCAAUCUCUCCUACCUCACCAGGUUCUCACCCUCCUCAUUCGAGGAGUGUCAGGCAGUCGGCUUUAAUUUCACGACAGCCAGUGUGAUAGCAGAGUCAGCACUGAAUGGAGAGCCAGGCAGGAUCUCAGUGAUGCACAAUCAUUUUGUGUCGAUGAUUAGCUACGAGCCGAAAGACGUAGUAUGCUACACCAAAGCAGCAGUAAAGGCUGCUGCGCCAGCGGACUGGUCGAAGGCGGUGGAUCAGUACUUUCUUACUUCCCCAAUUGGGUUUGUUUCUUACAGCUCAUGCUGUGGACUUACUUACUUCCCCUUGUUGUUUCUGCUUACAGCUCAUGUUGUGGCUUUUCUUUCUUGUAGCUCAUGUUGUGGUCUUUUUGCUGUGAAUGAAUGAUGUUUCGCAGCAAUCUAUCAUUUCAUAAGAGUUGCUUUCUCCCAGCCAAAGGAGACAGUAUGUGCCCUUAUGGCAGUCUGCACUGAACUUUGUUGACUUAUCGGAACUCGCUUGCAAAAUACGCAAGUAGGUUUUGAUUUAUCGGAACUCGCUCACGAUACAAAAAAAAGCGAGAUUAAUUGUAUUGUAUUGCAUUUUACAUCCACCCUCUAGGUACAAUUUCGAGCCUCCCACAUGGGAGGUGUUCGACGAUUUACUUGAGUUCUACACCGCCUGCACCGUCUUUCGCGGGUAUUUAGAUGGCAUAGUUUCCGAACAGAGUGCUCGAAUGGCCGCGAUGGACAAUGCUAGUAAAAAUAGUGACGAAAUCGUCGAAAAACUUACACUUCAGUAUAAUCGCGGACGUCAAGCGAGAAUCACCACAGAAUUGUGCGAAAUCAUCGCGGGGGCGAGUGCGCAGUAAUGAUCUACUGUGUCUAGAUCUACUGCGUCUAAUAGGACACAACAUACUUACCAACUUUUCCGGAUAGAAGGCUUUGAUCUUGAUUCUUUUACUCCGUUUUUUCAGGAAGACCGACUUGCUGUUACUUUUAUACUAGCUACCUAGAUAGAUCCGUCGAUAAAGAUUCACAGGACAAUCAAGGACGAUGAUACUAUGGAGAGCUCUUCGAGUAGUCUCCGUGAGUGAUUAUUUCUUCAUUUUGUCGGGAAUGACAAUGGGGAAAAGAAGACGUGCUCCGCUUGAAUCUAGUGCAGUUAU